AUGUUGAUCAAUCUCAGGGGAAGGAAAAGGAUCACGAACCGGAGGGCUCUGACACAAGGGACAGUAGGAAUAACAGGGAGAAGGCUGCCCGUCCGAAAAAAUCCCAUGGGAAGGGUAAGGAACUGGUGGUAUGGAAAAAGGUUCUCACCCCCCCUACGAGACAGCAGAGUAUUCAUCUGAAUUCUCCCCCCGCCCCCCAGUCCAAGAAGAAAGCGCUCCCGGAAAUGAUAAGAUUUCGGGGACGGUACAGACCGGGGACGGAAGAGAACAAGGACAGAAAAAGGUUCUCUCAAAGGGGGAGGGGAAUCCUCCUCAAGAAGCGAAGGAUAUCGAAAUGACGAUCGAGGAGGAAGCUGCAGAUGGUGACGAAAAACAAGAGGAGGAAGAAGAAGAAGAGGAGGAGGAGGACGAGGACGAGGAGAAAGACAUGGAGGAAGAGGGGAGCAAGGAGGAUGACGAGGAUGAUGAUGAGGAGCAGGAAGACGAGGAGGAAGAGGAGGAGGAAGAAGAAGGUAGGGCGGAGGAGGAAGCGAGCGAAAAGGGCAUUGAUGAAGGAAGUGAGGAGGAAGUGAGUGAAGGAAAGGAUAUAGGAAAUGUGGAAGGUACUGAGGAGGAGGAAGAGAAGGAGAAAGGAGGUAAUGAGGACAAAGAGGAGGAGAAGGGAGGGGAUAAGGAAGAGUCGGAGAAAGGAAACAGCGAUACAGUCAAAGGGAAAGAGGUAGAGUUAGUGUCCCGCUCAUCUCCUAAGGCAGGAAGUACCCACAUAACAGAAUAAGAUCUUCAAAAACAGGCGGUAUUAAACCUGAAGGCCCUUAAGGAUGACACCUAGAGGCUUGUAAGGGGGAGCGAUCCGCCAGAGAAGGGUUCCCCAGGCGCAGACGGUCAUGUCAAACAAAUAAGAUUAGAAGAC